CGUGAUGGGCAGGAGGCUCCACCUAUGGGGCGUCGAGUAGCUGAGGGAGGGUGUGGGGGGAGGGGCCCGUGGCCGUGAGGGGACCCCGGGAUGGGGUAGGCGAUGUCCCUGGUUACACAAAAUGGGGGUGUUGGGGUCCCUCAUCCCCACUGGGAGCUGGAGAUGGGGGUCCCCAGAUAUGGGCUGUCAGGGGAGGACACACGUGACUUCCCCCCCCCCCCCCCCACUCCCCCAGGGCAUAAAUUGGGGGGAAAUCCGAGGAAAACAGGGCUGAGAUGUUCCGGGGGGAAGGGGCCGGCGGCUCCGAGGAGAAACGGGAAUUCCUGGAGGGGAUGGAGACGGAGAAUCCCCAGAGGGGCAAAGGGCCCAAAGGAGGGGGUUUUUUGGCAGCUCUGCCCCCCCUGUCCUGGCCCCCAGCCAGCCCCAUCCUGGCCCUGCUCCUGACCUUCAGCCUCCUCCUCCUCACCGUCCUCACCUGCCUCAGCCUCUCCAGAGCGUCGGCGGCGCUGGGGGAGCUGCGGGAAUCCCGCGCCCGGAACGGCCACGGCCAGGCCUGGAAAAACCUCUCCGAGCUCCAGCACGGCCUGGCGCGGCAGUUCCAGACUCUGCAGGGGCGGAUCCUGAACGUGUCCCGGGAAGUUCGGGAGCUCCAGGACGGGAUUUCCCGGGAGCCCGAGCGGGACCAGGAGCUCGCGGAGCUCUCGGAGCGACUCCGGGCCCUCGAAUCCCGGGAUUCGCUGGCGCCGCUGCGGGAGCAGCUGGAGCAGCUCCGGCGGGAGCAGAACCAGAUCCUGGAGGAGACCCGGAAUCUCUCAGGAAUCCUGUGCCCGUCCUGCCCCCCCGGCUGGGAGCAGUUUUCCAGGACCUGCUACUUCUUCUCCUCCAGCACCAAAUCCUGGCACGAUUCCAGGGAUUCCUGUGCCCAAUUCCAGGCCCACCUGGCCGUGGUCGACUCCGAGCAGGAAAAUCAAUUCCUGGCCAUCCACGUUCCGGAGCGGCGCCAGUUCUGGUUGGGCCUGACGGACGAGCCCAACGAGGGCUCCUGGCACUGGGUCACCGGGGGGGCCCUGCAGCUCCAGUUCUGGAACAGCGGCGAACCCAACGACGUCGGCCACCACGGCGAGGACUGUGCCGGGAUCUACUCCAGCGGCCUCUGGAAUGACCUGCCCUGCUUCGGCUCCGAGCGCUGGAUCUGCGAGCGGCCCUGCUGACCCUCCCCCCGCUCCCAAAUCCCGCAAAAUCCGGCAAAAUCCCACAAAAAACCCACCGUCCGCACGGGAAAUCCGCCCGUUUGGGGCGGAAAACCUCCAAAAAUGGGCCUCGGGAUGUGCCCAAAGUCUUCCCAAAAAUCUUCCCCCAAGCGGGGAAGUGCUGCUGGAGGGGGGGUGGAACAGCAGGGGGGAGAUUUUUGGGGGCGUUUUGGAGUUUUUUGGGGUUUAUUCCCGUUUUUGGAGGUUGUGACGUCGCUGAUCGAUUAAUCGGGAAAAUGGCAACAAAUGGAGAGCUUCGGUUGGGAUUUGACCCCAAAUGGCUCCCGAAAUCUUCCCCAAAAAAUCAGGAAGUGCUGCUGGAGUGGGGGUGGAACAGCAGGGGGGAGAUUUUUGGGGGCAUUUGGGAGUUUUUUGGGGUUUAUUCCCAUUUUUGGAGGUGAUGAGUUUUUGCGGCCAGUUAAUCGGGGAACUGUUAAUAAAUGGAGAAUUUUGAUUCUGAUUUGACCCAAAGAUCUUCCCAAAAUCUUCCCCAAAAAAUCAGGAGGUGCUGCUGGAGUGGGGGUGGAACAAGAGGGGGAGAUUUUUGGGGGUUUUUUGGAGUUUAUUCCCAUUUUUGGAGGUGUUGAGUUUUUGUGGCAAAUUAAUCAGGGAACUGUUAAUAAAUGGAGAAUUUUGA